UGCUGCAGCAGAGCAGCUGAUGCUGAGGUUUUACAGACAGGUUCGUUCUGCAAGCCAAGCAUCCAGCGCGGUAUAUAAAAACCUGAGGGGCAGGAGGGUCAGCCAGCAGUCUCACAAUGGAGCGUCUGCUAAAGUCACCUGGCAGGAGGCGGGAAGAGCAGCGCUACCCGCUGCAAGCGCGUCCAUCACGGGCCAGCGCUAUUAGCGUUAGCGCCGGAUUAGCAACGGCGCGGAGCCGAGCUAACGGAGCCCUGAGAGGAGAAUAUGGAGCAGCUCCCAAAGCCGGCGACCUCUAUGACUUCCCCUACCAGCUCUCGGGCGAAAUAAUCCCCGUAAAAGUGACGAAUGAAAAAGAGUUACUUCGCGGCCUAAACGACCGUUUCGCCGCGUUUAUCGAGAAGGUUCGUCACCUGGAGAACCAGAACAGAGCGCUGGAGCAGGAGAUAGAAGCCAUACGGCUUAAAGCCCAGUCCUCCGCCGCUCUCUCCAAGGAGUAUGACCCGGAGAUGAAGGAACUGAGGGAGCAGUUGCGCGAAAUGACCGUCCAGAAGCACCAGGUCGGGCUGAGCCUGCAGAGUCUGCAGGACGAGUUUAACUCGCUGAGGGAGAAGUGCGAGCAGGAGGCGCGUGAGAGAGCCGAGGCUGAGGAGAGCGUGCGCGCGCUCAAGAAGUUCAUCAGCGAGGCGCACGUAGCCAAGCAGGAGUUGGACAGGAAGGCGAGCGCGCUGGCGGAUGAAAUCGGCUUCCUCAAGAAGAACCACGAAGCCGAGGUGGCGGAGAUCGUGGCCCAGAUCCAGGAGAGCCAGGUGAGGCAGGACGUGUGCGGCUUCGGCAGAGGAGACAUCACGGCGGCGCUCAGGGACAUCAGGCUGCAGCUUGAAGGUCACGCCGCAGUGUGUGACAUCCAGCCCGCGGACGAGCGCUUCCGAGCCCACGUGGCCCAGCUGACCAGAGCCGCCGAGAUCAACAGAGAGACCCUCAUGGCCACCAAGGCCGAGAUCGGCGACUACAGGAGGCAGCUGCAGUCCAGAAACGUGGAGCUCGACUCCGUGAAGGGGACGAGAGAAGCGCUGGAGAGGCAGCUGUACGACCUGGAGCAGCGGCACAAAGCUGAGAUCCACCACUAUCAGGACACCAUCAGAGAGUUGGAACACGAGCUGAAAAACACCAGAUAUGACAUGAGCAGCCAUGUGCAGGAGUACCAGGAUCUGCUCAAUGUGAAAAUGGCCUUGGACAGUGAAAUCUAUUCAUACAGAAAGCUGUUGGAGGGCGAAGAGUCGAGGUACUCCACUCUCUCUGAUGCACAUGUUUCAGUACCUUAUGUUUAUAGGCAGUCGCCCAUCUAUACUCUCCCUUGUGUCACAAGGCAGGGGGAAGCGCCUCGGAAAGCAGAGCCACAGUACAAGUUUGUUGAGGAGAUCAUUACAGAGACCACCAGGGAGGAUGUAGAGAUAUCAGACACAGGGUCUGAGGACGGCAGUGGGGUGGGAGAGGGCGAUAAAUCAGAGAAGGUGAGCACCGAAGAAGAGGAUGCAGGUAAGGCAGCACAAAAUGAGGUCCAGUCAGAGGAGAAAGAGGCCACAGAUGAUGAUGGAGGCAGCCCCAAACAGGUGGAAGAGGAAAAUAAAGAAGAGCCAGCUGAAAAAGAAGACGACACACCAAAGGUGUCUGUGGAUGAUUCUGUGGCUCACGAUGAAGCUGACAUUGACACUGAACCAACACAGCAUGAAGGCCUUGCACCAGAACUCCCUGAAGAAAAAGCUGAGGAUAAAGCCGAAACUAAAGAUGCUGACGCAGAGUCCAAACCACAGGAGGCUGAUGCAGAAAUAAAACCAGAGAAGCCACAAGCAGAUACAGCCAGUGACGAGAAGAUGCCCCUUGAUACUGACAAACAGAAAGAGCCAGCAAAAGACGUAGAGAAAAACAGUAUAGAACAACCAAAGCCAAUGGAGCAAAAAGCUACUCAAGAGGUUCUAACGGAGCCAAAGGAGAAGUCAAAUGGUCCACAUUUGCCACCACUUAAAGAUCCCGAGCCAAAAGAAAAGGCCACAGAGAAAAUCUCUCCAAAACCUGAAGACAAAAAGGUGACAGAAGAGAUGACAACUACAGCCGAGCCUCAAAAUAUCACUUCAGCAAAAUCAGCAGAGAAAAACAUGGAAACCAGUGAAGUGAAAUCCGUAGAGGCUGAUGCGUCCACUGUUGACCCACAGCCAGCAUCUCAAAAAGCUGAGGCAGAACAGGAGACUGCUCCAAAAGAGGAGAGCAAAGCAGAAUCAAAGGACACAGUAGAAACCUCAAAAGCUGAUGUAGACGAUGCUCAAAAAGCACAAAGUACAAAGGAUAAGGAUGUGGAGGAUGUACAAAAAGAUCUAGAUGCAACCAAACAGACUGAGGGAGUAAAGGAAGAAACAGUGCCAAAAGAUAAAGACAAGGAAACAAAACCUGACCAGCAUUCAGAGAAAAAAGUAGAGAGCAAACCAGCUGGUGGUACAGAGACUGUGAAGCCAGAAAAGGGAGAAAGUGCCAAGUCAACCGAGGGACAAAAAACACAGGGUGAUGCUUCCAAAUCUGCUGCAAAUGAAACAGAAGUUGAGAUAUCCGAGAAAAAGGAGAGCAGCACAAAGGACAUGAUAGGCAAGGCGAAUAUAGACAAAGUGGAUGAUGCCAAAUCAAAGAAAGAAGAAAAAGAGCAGCCAAAAGUUGCAACAGCAGAGACAAAAUCCGAGGGGCCGUCUCCGCAAAAUGCAAAUGCCACUAAAGAAAAGGUGGCAGACACUUUUAAAACAGAGCAAAGUGAAACAACCAAAUCCACUGAAAAACAGUCAGAAGUCAUUCAGAAAGAUGAACCCUCAAAACCUGCAGAAAAGGAAACAAAACCUGAAGAAAAACCUGAGAAAAAAGAAACCAAAGAGAGCAAACUGGAGAGUUCCGAGGACAUUAAAAAGGUGGACAUCAUCAAGCCUACAGGUCAAGAAACCUCCAAAGAUGUACAACUCGAACAAAGUGUUUCAGAGACAUCAGUGGAAAAAGAACAAAAAGACCAGACAAAAACGGAUAAAGACAUAAAAGAAGCCAAGGACUCAAAAACUGAGAAAUCAGACAAGACAGGCAGCAGUGCGACACAGGAAGAGAUCCCAAAAGUGGACAGCACAAAAAUUACAGCUCCUGAAAAAGACACCGCUCCCCCAAAACCUGAUCAAAGCAUAGAGCCGGCUCUAAAAAUGUCAUCAAAGAAAGAGCAAGACAAAGAACAGAAAUCUGCCAUCACUGAUGUGAAGGAAGACGCAGAGCAGAAAAAACAAGUGCCAAAAGUAGCCGAGAAUGGAGUAUCUAUGUAAGAGACGUAGACUUGUCUGUCUAGAGACUCAGACUGGAACUGAGAAUGAUCAAGAAUGAAUGUGAUAUAAAUGCUUUAGAAACUGCAUGACUAGAGUUAACAGCUGAUUAAAACAAACAAGUGCUGUGAUUAAAUUCAACUUAAGAGCUCUGAUCGUGGCUGCUUUUGCUGUAUGCAUGAAAUCUGAUGAAUGUAAAAAUAAUAAAAUGGAAUGUAGAAUGUAUAUGAUUAAAUGAAAUAUUUUGCUAUACAGCUAGCACUGGAUAGAUAAAAGUGUAUAUUAAUGCUAUUUAUUGUCUGAAUAAAUAUUA